UUAAGUCAUACAAAGGAACCAUGGUUCCUGCCACAGCGUGGGUGAACCUUGAAAAGACGCUACGUGAAAGAAGCCAGACGCAAAAGGACAUAUAUGAUCCCAUUUAUAUGAAAUGUCCAGAACAGGCAAAUUCAUAGACACAGAAAGUAGGUUAGGGGUUGCCAGGGGCUGGAUACAGACAGAGGCACUGGUGGUCCAGUGGUAGAACCCUUGUUCCAUGCAUGAGACCAGGGUUCAAGUCCCGGCCAGUGCACCUCAAUGCACAGCCAUCACCUGUUUGCCAGUGGAGGCUUGCGUGUUGCUGUGAUGAACAGGCUUCAGCAGAGUUUCCCGAGUAAGACUAGGAAGAAAGGCCUGGCAAUCGAUUUUUAAAAAUCAGUCAAUGACAACCCUAUGGAUCACAACAGCUCAAUCCGCAACCAAUCACCGGGAUGGUGCAGUACCAGGCAGUGUUCCAUUCUGUUAUAUAUACGUGGGGUCACCAUGAGUUGGGGGCCGACACCACAGCAGCUGACACCAAGGUUGAGAGAACUAGGAGUAAUUUGUUACAGUGUCGGGGAAGGCCUCUGAGCAUAGGACCUUCACGCUCCCCUCUCCCAGCAGAAGGAACGGCCGGUGCAAAGGGCCUGGGGCAGGACGUGCCCGGUGAGUUGAAGGAACAGCGAGGAGGCCCAUGUGGAGCGAGCCAAGGGAAGAGAGAAGGGAGGCAGGCAGGGGGCGGGGCAGGUCGUGCAGGGCUGUGUGUCCAGAGCAAUCCUGAGGUUGAAGAUCAGUGUCUGUGGUGUUUGCAGGGCAUUUGGGAGCCAGACUGUCCACGGUGGGGACGACAGUGAAGUUCAGAGUCCAGGAGAUGAUGUGGGGUUGGCAGAGGGUGCUGAGUUUGAGGCGUGGACUGGCGCCCAGGGUUUUGGGAAAGAAUAUGUGGGGUAGGGCGAGAGUUCACAGAGCUGGGGAGUGGGCACCCCCAUGCUCAGCUGGGAAAGCUGUCCCCAGGGUAUGGGGCUUCACGACCUGAUGGGCCCUCCAAGGCUCCAGGCAAGGCCGACCUGACUCGCAGUUCAUCCACCCACUUAGUGACUUUGCCUUUUUGCUUCCUCCUUCUCCAGGUGGGUAAAACCCCUGACUCACAGUGACCCUCUGUGAGUCAGGCCUGUGCUCCAAGGAGUUUUCUUUUUCUUUUUUUUUUAUUCUGCAUGAGGUGAAGGUUUACAGAGCAGAUUAGGUUCUCAUUCCAUAGUUUGUACAUAAAUUGUUUCAUGGCCUUGGUUUCUUUCCCCACAGUGUGUAAGCCUUCUCCCUGCUUUGCCCUGGUCUCCUCCUUUCCUGUCCUCCUGAUUUUCUACCCCUUCUGCCUUCUCACCUUUGCUUUUGGGCAAAUAUUGCCCUUUCAAUCUCGUAUAAUUGCUUGUUCCAAGGAUCACCUUCCUCUUGGGUGUUAUUAUUUAUUUUACGGGCCCGUCUAUGGUUUGGCUGACAGGUGGUCUCCGGGAAUGGCUUCAGUUCCAGGCCAGAAGGGAGUCUGAAGGCCAUAGUCUCCGUGUUCCUCCAAUCUCUGUCAGACCAGUAAGUCUGGUCUUUUUUGUGAAUUUGAUUUUUUGUUCUACAUUUUUCUCCCACUCUGUCUGGGACCUUCUGCUGUGAUCACACUCAGAGCUGUUGGUAGUGGUAGCUGGGCACCAUCUAGUUCUGCUGGUCUCGGGGUCGUGUAGGCUUUUUCACGCUGUCCAUUAGUCCUUUGGACUCACUUGAGUCUUUGUUUUUUUUCACUCUCCUUUGCUCCGGACUGGAAGAGACCAAUCGUUGUAUCUCAGACGGCCGUUCGCAAGCUUGUAAGACCUUAGACACUACUCCGAACAUUGUGUUUAUGAGCUGCGUUGUGCCAGCUGACAUAGGUGUCCCCUGAGUCUAUGGUCCUUUGUCUUUGAGCCUAGGAACUUCAUCCUGCAAGGUGUUUGGUUAUGUCUAUGGAGUUUCCCGACUCUGCCCCUUGUGAGCUCUGUUUUCUCUGUUAAUAUAUAAGGAAUACCUACAGUCACAUAUUUAGAAAUAGCCAGCACCACACCUGUAUCUGCCGGUGGGUGUGUUCCCUUAACCGCCCCCACCCACCUCAUGGCAUAUCUAUCUACCUAUAUAUCCACUCAUAAAUUGUUGUUAGUGCUGUCGAGUCGGUUCCAACUCAUAGCAACCCCUAUGCACAACACAAUGAAACACUGCCCAGUCCUGUUAACAAACACUAGUACUAUCGUUGCAGGAUUGUCGUGUUAUAGUAGUUACUGGGGCUGCCCUUUAGUUCUGCGUUCCUCUGUGUCCUCUCUUUGCCUUGGCCAUGUUGUGCUGACUUACCCCAAUACUAACAUGUAUUUCUGGAGCCCCAGUGACACAGUGGUUAAGAGAUAUGGCUGCUAAACCGAAGGUUGGCAGUUCGAAUCCACCAGGCACUCCUUGGAAACCCUGCGGGGCAGUUCUACUCCAUCCUACAGGGUCACUGUGAGUCGGAAUUGACUCGAUGGCAGUGGGUUUGGUUUUUGGGUGUAAACCUUUUGUUGUUCCUUUAUAAUGGUGGUCUCAUACAAUAUUUGUCCUUUUGUGAUUGACUUAUUUCACUCAGCAUAAUGUCCUUCAAAUCCAUCCAUGUUGUAAGAUGUUUCAAGUAUUUGCCAUUAUACUUUCUGGUUGCAUCAUAUUUCAUUGUGUGUAUGUACCACAAUUUGUUUAUCCAUUCAUCUGUUGAUGGGCAGUUAGGUUGUUUUCACAUUUUUGCUAUUGUGAAUAGUGCUGCAGUGAACACGGGUGUGCACGUAGGUCUAUUCUUGUCACAACUCUUAUGUCUUUUUUUCAAUGAUUGACUUUUUUUCCCUUUUUUUAUUGUACUUUAGAUGAAGGUUUACAGAACAAACUCGUUUCUCAUUAAACGGUUAGUACACAUAUUGUUUUGUGACAUUGGUUAACAACCCCACAACAUGUCAACACUCUCCCUUCUCAACCUUGGGCUCCCUAUUACCAGCUUUCCUGUCUCCUCCUGCCGUCUCGUCCUUGCCCUGGGCUGGUGUGCCCCUUUAGUCUCGUUUUGUUUUAUGGGUCUCUCCAAUCUUUGGCUGAAGGGUAAGCCUCAGGAGUAACUUCAGUAUUAGUUAAAGGGUGUCCAGGGGCCACACUCCCAGGGUUUCUCCAGUUUCCAUCAGACCAAGAAGCCUGGUCUUUUUAUGUGAGUUAGAAUUUUGUUCUACAUUUUUAUCUAGCUCUGUCUGGGUCCCUCUAUUGUGAUCCCUGUCAGAGCAGUCAGUGGUGGUGGCCGGGCACCAUCUAGUUGUGCUGGACUCAGUCUGGUGGAGGCUGUGGUAGAUGUGGUCCAUUAGUCCUUUGGACAAAUCUUUCCCUUGUGUCUUUAGUUUUCUUCAUUCUUCCUUGCUCCCGAAGGGAUGAGACCAGAAGAGUAUCCUAGAUGGCCGCUCACAGGCGUUUAAGACCCCAGACGCUACUCACCAAAGUAGAAUGUAGAACAUUUUCUUUAUAAACAGCUCUUAUUUCUUUAGGGUGUAUACCUAGGAGUGGGAUUACUGGAUUAUAUGGUAUUUCUAUUUCUAGCUUUUUGAAGGAGCGACAUACUGUUUUCCAUAGUGGUUGUACCAUUUUGCAUUCCAGCCAGCAGUGUCCAAGAGUUCCAGUCUCCCUACAACCUCACCAGCAUUCGUUAUUUUCUGUUUUUUUUUUAUUUGUGCCAGUAAUAUCGGGGUGAGGUGGUAUCUCGCUGUAGUUUUGAUUUGAAUUUCUCUAAAGGCUAAUGAUCACGAGCAUUUCCUCAUGUGCCUGAACGUCUUCUUUGGCAAAGUGUCUGUUCAUGUCCUUUGCCCAUUUUUUAAUUGGAUUGUUUGCCUUUUUCUUGUUAAGGUGUUGAAGUUUUCUAUAAAUUUCAGAGAUUAGACCCUUGUCCGAUAUGUCAUAGCCAAAAUUUUUCCCCCCAAUCUGUAGGUUCUCUUUUUAUUCUUUUGGAGAAGUCUUUUGCUGUGUGUAAGGGUUUAAUUUUUCUGAGGUCCAAUUUAUCUAGUUCAUCUUCUGCUGUGUGUGCAUUUUUAGUUAUGUUUGGUAUUCUAUUUAUGCCAUGUAUUAGGGCCCCUAGUGUUGUCCCUAUUUUUUUCUCCACGAUCUUUAUAGUUUUAUAUUUAGGUCUUAGAUCUAUUUUGAGUUAGUUUUUGUGUAUGAUGUGAGGUACGGGUCUGUUUCAUUUUUCUACAGAUAGAUCCAGUUUUGCCAGCUCCAUAGGGUUUUUGAUGGCUGGUUUUUUGGAACUACAUUGCCAGGCCUUUCUUCCGAGGUGCCUGUGGGUAGACCGGAACCUCCAACCUUUUGAUGAGCGGCCAAGCACGUUCACUGUUCGCACCACCAAGGGCGGGGGGCUUGGACCGUGGUGAGUGGGAUUCCAGGUGGUGGGUUUGAGGUUCUUGCAGGUUCGUCUGUUUCGUGGGAGGUGGUGGGCUGGACUUGUCAGGGGUGGGUGGGAAGAAGUGUCUGUGGCCGUUUGCUGGGUGCAGGACCUCCUGUCCCAGGGGAGGUGGGUGGACUCGUGGGAUGGGAGAGAGGGCGCUCUGGCCACUGUGGUGGGCGCCGGGUCUCUGGCAGGUAGAGUGGACAGGCGAGAACCAUCCUCACCCUCUCCCCGUCUUUGAUGACUUGGGGCGGGACUGGAGUCGACUCAUUUGGGGGAAUAGCAGGCGCUCCCCUCCCAUAAAAACCCAAGUCCUCCUCACAGCCCACAGGGCCCUGCGCAACCUGCCCUGCCCCCUCCCUGCCCUCCCCUUCUCAUCUAUCCUCCUCACUUACUUACUCCAGCCCCAUGGGUCUCCUCACUGUUCUCCAACUCACCAGGCAACAGUCCUGCCUCAGGGUCUUUGCACGGGCUGUUCCCUCCACCCAGAGCACCCUUCCCCCAACCUUAUCAUUCCAAUCCCAGCUCUAGGGGCUCCUCCUCAGAGAGGCCCUCCCUGACUACCGCAGCUAAGGUCACCUGUCUGCCACUGGCUGUCACCCCCAUCCCUGCCCCCCAACUCCUUUUCCUCUACCUGUCUCCACAGCUCUUAUUUCUCUCUAAAACUAUCCUGUUUAGUUCUAUUUUAAGGAGCCUUGGUGGUGCAAUGGUUACGCACUCAGCUGCUAACUGAAAGGUUGGUGGUUUGAAUCCACUCAGCAGCUCCGCAGGAGAAAUGCCUAGUGAUCUGCUCCUGUGAAGAUUACCGCCAAGAAAACCCUACUUUGUCCCAUGGGGUCACUAUGAGUCAGAAUCAACUUGACAGCAACAAACAACAACAUUUCUGUUUUUACAAGUUUCUGGCACCUCCUCCUUCCAGCAGGGAUGACGAGGCCUCCUAGGGGAGUUGGAAAUCUGAGGGGCUCUUUUUGCUCAUGACAAUGGUGGGGUAUCCUGGCAUCUGGGGGCAGGGGCCAGGGUCACUGCGUCUAGGCCUGCACGAGGUAGCCCCUCAGCACUUAUGAGGAUGGUCCCUGUCAGGGAAGGGCCAGGUGGCACAGCCUGGGCAGCCUCCUGGCCUGCCGGCCUCAGCCUGGUGAACGCAAAGGCAGGAAGGAAGCCGCCAUUUAUUUUUGUCCGUGGCCUGCUCCCCAGGGACGGCGGUCAUUGCUCUGCCCAGCUGCUUCAAUGGAGGGGUUUCUGGCAGAACAAUGGGUCAGCAGGAGGAAGGGGAGGCCACGAAGCUGGGCCGGCCCAGGUGUGGGCAGGGCUGGUGGCUGGUGGAGGGGUGUGGAGGCUGGAAGGGAGGGUGCAGCUGUCCCCUCCCCUGGCCCUUUCCUGCUGGGCUUGCAGGGGUGAGACAGUUGGGAGCCCAGGCCCUUCCUGAAGUUGGUAAACAGGCUGCAGCCAGCUCCCCUCCUGAGCCAACACACCCAACCUCAGGAUGCGCAGAUGGGAAGGUUGAGGCCCAGAGAGAAGCAGAGCCCUGCUAGGGUCGCACAGCCAUCAAGAUGGGCAGAAAGACCAGGGGGCUAAGGCCUUUUCCUCUCUCAGCCUCAGUUUGUUCAUCUGUAAAGUGGGCAGGCAGGACCGAGUGGCUGGGGGUUCCCUCUCAGUUCUGAUGUUUACAGACAUCCUUUCCCUCAUGUAUUCGGCAAACACUUAUGAACCACCUGCUGUGUACCAGGCCCCAGGCUGGGCACCAGGACAUUGGUGAACAAGACAGAUGCAGCCCUGCCCACACCGUCAGGCAAGGGAGAUGGACACAGAAACCCAGGCUCAUGGAUGCCUUUAGCACCAAGAGCCUGGUCCUGCAGGCCCAGAAGAAGCUGGUGAGCAAGAUGGCAUCCAAGGCGGUGGUGGCCGUACUCAUCGAUGACACCAGCAGCGAGGUGCUGGACGAGCUUUACCGCGCCACUAAGGAGUUCACACGGAGCCGCAAGGAGGCCCAGAAAGUGGUCAAGAACCUGGUCAAGGUGGUGCUGAAGGUGGGCGUCCUGCUCCGCGGGGGCCAGCUGGGCAGCGAGGAGCUGGCACUGCUGCAGCGUCUGCGCCGGCGGGCGCGCAGCCUGGCCAUGACGGCCGUCAGCUUCCACCAGGUGGACUUCACCUUUGACCGGCGCGUGCUGGCCGCUGCGCUCCUGGAGUGCCGGGACCUGCUGCACCAGGCCGUGGGCCCCCACCUGACUGCCAAGUCCCACGGCCGCAUCAAUCACGUCUUCAGCCACUUUGCCGACUGCGACUUCCUGGCGGCGCUCUACGGCCCGGCCGAGCCUUACUGCUCCCACCUGGGCCGCAUCUGCGAGGGUCUCGGCAAGAUGCUGGAUGAGGGCAGCAUCUGAGCCCCGAGGCCGCCACGCGAAGUGGGCGCUCCUGAGAGGGUUCUCGCUUCGCUUCUUUCUGCGGGGGCUUCCUCCCAAUCUGACUGUAGCCGGUGACCCCCCUUCACUCGAGAGGAUGCUAGGUUGUCUGUUGGUGUUCACUGCCCUCAGGAUGGUCCCUGACUCACGGCCACCCCGUGCACAACAGGAGGGAACGCCGCCCAGUCCUGCGCCAUCCCCACGAUCGGUUGCAGAUUGGAUCACUGUGAUCCACAGCGUUUUCACUGAUUUUCAGAAGUUGAUCACCAGGCCUUUCUUCCCAGUUGUAGCCUGGAAGUUCUGCUGAAAUCUCGUCAGCAUCCUGGCAGCACGAAAGCUGCCACUAACGAGACGGGUGGUGGCUCUGCUGUGCAUGAGAGGCACUGCAUGGGAACCGAACCCGGGUCUCCUGCACAGAAGGCGAGAAAUUUACCACCGCACCACCACCGCCUUCCCUAGCUGUCUGUGCCAGCAGUUUAAACACCCGCAGUGCCUGCUGCUUGCAGGGUCUGGGGUCCCUGGCCUGAUGGGGAGAGGGAUUCGGCAGGGAGAUGGGGCCGCCUCCUGGGUCCAGCAAGCACCAGCCCUUCGUCUCCUCAGGCUGCCUUGUGCUCCUGCUGGUUAUUAUCCACACUGACCCUCAUGGAUCCCAUCUCCGCCCCCAGAGCCACUGUCACUUUGUGUUAUCAGAAAGCUGACCGCCCGGCCCCCCAUGCUUGAAGAAUGCUUUCCUCGAAGGAGGUGGCCUGGGCUUUUUGAGUCUUUCACACAAGGUCACGGUGAGCUGGGAGGAACGGUGCGAUGCCAGCGGACAGCAGAGCCAGUCAGAUGAAAACUCCCGUGGAUGUAGGACACCCCGAUCUUGUUGGAAAUGCAGGGCCCGGAGUCAGGUGGGCUGUAACCUGGUGACUCUCACAGGACAGGGGACAGAGGGUGCCCCCAUCUGGGGGCUUGAGGGGAAAGACAUCGGGCAUGUGUGUAAGUUCUAAAAUUAAAAUUUCAUGUUCAGGGACAAAGGAAUGAACAAAACCCCUGCUAUUUUUAGUAAGACAGUCCACGGACAGGAAAGUGCCGACCAGUCUUGGUCUCCAGGGACACCAAGGAGAUGCACAGAUUUUCAGCUGGGGCGUGAUGUGUGGGACAGGGGUGUGUUUGUGAUGUUCCUUUAUCAGGAGGGGUGUGGUUUCAAAAGGUUCCAAAACACUGCUGUGUCCAGGUCAGGAAGGUUAUUUUGGAUGCCAGCGGGGGAGGGGGAGGAAGGCAAAUGAGGUCUGUUUAGGGCAAAGGUUGCAAUCUAGAAGCCUGCAGGUGAGAGAAUGGGUUUAGUUGCUCCCACACAGUAUCUGAGACAUUUGGACUGAGUUGCCAAUGCUGAAAAACCAUAGGAAGGAGUUUCCCUUGAGAACUCACUGGCUCUGGCUGCUGGAGCCUGCACUGCCCCCUGGUGACAGUCUGGUGAAAUGGCUUUGCCACAGUCCCCACCACUCCCUUUUGCCUCUCUCUGGCCUGCUCUGCUGGCCGAUAGAAGAUCAGAGCUGCAGACUCGGGGCGGCCUUUCUGCAGUUUGGUUUCCGCUCCCCUGAAUAAGCCAAAGGCUUUCACCUGAGAGCCAGGUCUUCCUACCUCUGUCUCAUCUUCAAAGGCAAGCUUCUCCUCUCAGAUCUUCACGUUGGAGCACAAAUGUGCGCUUUGAUUGUCCUGAGAAGCCCUCAGUGAAAUCCUGCCCUGAGGGAAUGUCUUUAUGUAUAACUGCUGUACUUGUUCCCUGCUGGGCUGUCCAGUCUGUCUCCACGCUUUCAUAAAAUUUGAGAUUUAAUUAAAAAAAAAAAAAAGAGCACUACAGACCUAUUUAAAUAAAA